AUGAAACAAAGCAUUUUGUUGGUGGCCUUGUGUGAGCUGCUAGCGGGCGUCGCAGCACAGAGCGCAACUAACUUGUCAUUGGACGAGCUCUGGGACAAAUAUGUCGGUCCUGUGAGCACGUCUCCCGUGAAUGCUACAGUCGACCCGGUGCCUGUCCCAUCAGAAUCGCUCAUUCCCCCGCCUCCACUGUACUAUCCGACUCUUCCCUUUCCUGGAGGAGCUCAGGUUCCACUCCAGGCUCGGAAUGAAAAUAUCGCACGAAUUGCCGCACUUGGUCUCAACACAUACGCGUUCUCUAUUUCCUGGUCACGCAUUUUCCCCUUUGGAUCGGGGGAACCCAACGAAGCGGGUCUUCAGCACUACGACGACGUAAUAGACACAUGUCUCCAGUACGGAAUCACCCCAGUUGUUACUCUCUAUCAUUGGGAUCUCCCACUGAGCCUUCAACUCAACUACGGUGGAUGGCUCAACGAACAGAUCACCAACGACUUCAGCGAGUACGCGCGUGUGGCGUUCGCACGAUGGUCCCCUAAGGUCGAAUAUUGGGUCACAUUAAACGAACCAGGUGUCUUCUGCAACAGUUAUCCGCUACCACAAGGUUAUUUCAACGACAGCACAACUGCCGACAUCCCAGACGCUCAGCAAUUCUACGUGUGUGCCCGGAACGCCCUACUCGCACAUUCGUCGGCCUACCGCAUCGGCAAGAGCGUCAACUCUUCCCUUAGCAUCUCGUUCAAGAAUAAUGGCGGAUACAAGAUCCCGGUAGACAAUAGCCCAGACACUGCAGCAGCUGUCCAGAGGGCAUACGACUUCAACGAUGGCCUGUGGGCGACCCCGGUCUUCCUCACCGGCGACUUCCCAGAGAGUGUCAAGGAUUAUGUUUCGGGAUUCUUGCCAGCUUUCACGGCAGAGCAAAAAGCACAGAUCAAUGGAACCAGCGACAUCUUCAUGAUUGACGCCUACGGCACGGGCGGUUUCGUCACGGUUCCGGAGGCCGGCGGCUUGCAAGCUUGCAUCAGCAAUGCAUCACACCGAUCAUAUCCUCGCUGUUAUGGUGGCGUUUCAACUUAUCCGGGAGCCAACUACUGGCCCACUGGCCCGGCUGUCGACCCGUGUGCCAGUUGGUUGGCAUACGGGACGGACUGGGUCCCGGCCAUGCUGAAGACAUACCAGGAGAUGUUCAAACCAGUUGGCGGCAUAGUCGUAUCAGAAUUUGGGCUGCCGGAACCGUACGAGGGCUUGCGUACAGAUCUCCAGUCAAUUGUCAUUGAUCCCCUGCGGUCGAGGUACUACAGAGAAUACAUGCAGUCGAUUCUGAUGGCCAUGGCUGAGGGUAUCAACGUGGUUGGGACCCUGGCUUGGAGUAUUCUCGAUAACUUUGAAUGGGAUCAUGGGUACUCUUGUCGCUUUGGUCUGCAGUAUGUUAAUUUUACGACGCAGGAAAGGUACUUCAAGGCAAGCGCCUUCGAAUACGUCAACAUGUUCCAAACCUAUCAGGAGUGA